AUGAUUGCCGGUAAAGGCUUCGAUCUGCAAACCCUUGUCACUCAAUUCUGCGAGCUUGCCCAGGAAGCGGGUAUAUCCUUUAGGCACUACAUGCCGGUAUUCAAACCAGGCGUCAAACAGGUCUCCAACCAGACAAUUGAGAACGGCGUUGCCAUUCUUGCACUGAACCGCCCGGAAAAGUACAAUAGCUUUAACCGGGAAAUGGCCCUGGAACUUCAGAAACAACUGGAUGCCUGCGCCGAAGACGAAGCAGUGCGCUGCAUUGUGAUCACCGGCACGGGUAAAGGCACGCAACUUUGUUAUACCAUGACAACACAUGCACAGCACGUAAAGAAAAUCGUACCGGAAGCAGUAUCUCCGGCCACUGAAUUUAAUGUGCAGGCCGAAGGAUUUGCCGACCUGCAAACCUUACGAUACCAG